AUGGAUGACGACUUAGAUGAUAACGACGAGAGAAUGCCUUUGGCGGUUGAUAUAUCAAGCGUUCAGCAUGCGAGUCCACCACACACUGAAAUUACACAUGACAAACACUUACUUAGUGGGAGGGAUGCAGUUGUAUUCCAUCCUCCAAUCCAUCGUCGCCAAUCUAUUCAUAGUCAGCAUCACGUGCUGCGUGAUGUACCUCACACUCAGCAGCGCCUCCAGGUUGAGUCCGAUGCCACUCCACAAAGACGCACAGUUGUGUUCGAGCCAGUGGGGAAGACCAUCAGCACGAUUACUCGGAACAUAUGGAUGGGUGUCCACCAAAGCGUUUACAAAUUAGUGAUGACGAUGGCAUGGUUGCAUUCAUGGCUGAUGUGCCAACAUCAUGAAGCGACGCAAUCAAUGGAGAGUGCCAAACUCAUUGGAAGCAAGCUUUUCAUAAUGAGAUUGAUUCAUUCAUUCGCAACAACACAUGCGAUGUUGUAG